GUGAAGCCUUUACACGUCUUACACUCACUACCAUUUUAAACUUCAGUCGACCUCGGCGCACCGAAGAGAAUGGUCGCUCCCGCCAUUUUAGAUGUCCAACAGUGAUAGUGAUAAAAAAGCGCGAAUCGCCGGCUCAUUAGUGGCCAGGUUUUAUUACCUGUGAUUGAUUUGGAUUAGUCUGUGAUAAGUGAGUGUUUUUUUUCGACUUUGAGCGGACACGAUUUUUGUCAAAAUGCAACCUUCAUAGGCAAUGACGAAGCCGGCCUGCGUCAUGUCGAUAUUUCACAAUACUGUAAGAUAACAAACUGAUGCAACGAGAACAAUAGACAACGAGGUACCAUAUACUAGGUACCUCUGUACUCAAUGUCCAAUGAAAUUAGUCAUAAGGCAGACGCCCAGCAAGGCGAUGAGAUAGCUACCAAAACCGAAACGAAAGCCGGUAAUUCCGAUUCAAAAUCCGGUAAUACCGAAACGAAGGAGCCUAACAAACGAACAGUGUCCUUUAACAGAGACGUUCACGUUAAGAGAUUUGGUACACCACGUGAGCGCAGUUCUAUAGAAGCAGCACCAAGUAUACGAAAAGAGCCAUUUACCCACUUAUCUGAAAAGGAAUUGAUAGAAGAGGCUAAUAAAGUUAUAGCGCAAGCUCAAAGUGUAACUUGUACAGCAGAUAAUCCUCCAGAAAAAUUCUUUUCAUUACCACAUAGGAGAAAAUAUAAAGAAGACAGGUCAGGAAGAAGAAAUAGUGACGACGCAACAUCUGCAGAUGGUAUCGCUAAAACACCACUGGGUCGGUCCUCAAGUGAUGUAACUUCAAAAAAGAGAAAAGAACGUACUUCACUUUCUACGCUCUUCAGACGAGGUCAAAGAACAAAAAGCCCGGAUACGCCUGUUGUUGUCAAAACUAAACCAAUAGUUGUUGUGAAGAGAAGUAAAAGUGAUGUGUCUGAUUUAAAAUCUAAUACAACGUUAACAAAAAAUAAACCCCAACGAAAAAGAUCUGGCAGUGAAACGGAAGAGUUUCUUAAAUCACUAAGAAAUAAAAAGUCUCAACUAUCUCCGAUAAUUGAAAGUUCUCCCAGAGAAGAUUACUUUAAAAAGGUAUCACCUUUAGAUGUAUUUCAGAAAAAACAGCUCACUGAAACAGAAACUUGUAAUUCGGAAUCGGAACAUUCUAUAACCGAUAUUACAAAAGUAAAUCCUAUUGAAAAGCCACCCAGGCAUAAGGGUCAAGACUAUCAAGAACCUAAACCUCCCUCAAGGACAAAACGUGAAAAGUCUAGUGAAAUAGAAAAAGAAACGUCUCCCCCAAUCAGUGAAACUCCGAAACGUUCAGCAGAAGUAAAAAAUAAUAAUCUUGUUAACAAUAUAGAAUUGUGGAAAGAGAAAGAAAUUGUUAAUGUUAAAGAUAAAAUAAAAGACAGCAUUAGAAAGAUUGAGAAAAACGUUUAUGGAACUAAGGAUAUGAUACACAGUAGUCAACAGCCACCCGAAAAACCCCCAUUAACUAGAGGGCAUACUGUAGAUCAUAUGGUUAGAAUUCUCAAAGAAGAUCAACAGUCACCUCCUCCAAAGUCGCAUUUAAUUUCACCUACUCACGGAAGUAACGUCAAUCAGCCAUUUUCUUAUACAAAACCUAGCACAAGUCCAGAUCCCAAUCUUUUUGUUAGAACAGCAAGUCCAGAGAGGGCUUCAACCCCAGUUAAUAAAAUGGUCGACAAAGUUGUCGUUUAUGCAAAGGUCAUCAAAGACCACGAUGAUCUACGUUUUAAUUUUCCUAAACAAACAUUGUAUAAGACCUACUCUCCACCACGUGAAAAAUUAGGUAAUUUUUCAGAUGAGGAUGAAGGUUUAGGAUAUGAAGAUAGAUACAAGUACAAUAAUAAGUUUGGAGAUAAUAUUCUUGAUUAUGAAUUUAAAAGAGAAAAUAAUUUUGACAGCAUUGAUGGAUUUAAUAUUAAAAAAUCGCCCAUUAUUACUAGAUUCAGUGAAUAUAAACUAACAAGUUUUGAUGAUGAGCCUACCUAUGCAAACGAGGAUUUUAAAAAAGAAACAUUAGGAGACCCUAUAAAUACAUUUAGAGGAAGAGCAGAUGGCAUGGAUACCAAACCAAAAAAGCCCUUCGAAACGGAUACAAAAAUAGAUUUAGAUUUUAACGAGUUAAGUCACAGGCGACAGUUACUGGAAUCUCGUUUAAAUGCCCGUAAACAAGAACGAGGACGAUUAAUUCCUGCAGAUGAACCUGUGUUGCGUUACUUGACCGAACCAGAUCCUAUCUAUGAAGCCGAGAAACGUAUGAAACAAACAGAAAAGUACGUAAAUGACACCGUAAAGUACUAUCGUCAUACUUUAGAGAGAGAAGGAUUUGAGAACAAUGUAACAGAUUAUAAAUUUGACACCGACAGUCAAGUAAAGUACAAUACAGAAUCAAGAUCUUAUCAUAAAACUUCUAAGGAAGAAUUGGAUAGACGUGAAUUUAUAGACAGCUUGGAGAAGCCGAAAAGGUUCAACAACGAAAAGAAAGUUUUUCCACCAGAACCUGAGUACGAGCCUCCAAGCUUGGAGUCUAAUCCUGGCAAACUUGUUUCACCAGAUGAAUAUAAAGAAAAAAAGUACAAAGUUAAAAAAAUAUUCAAUUCUAGUCACGAACAUCUACAUUCUGGUCAAAAAUAUAAAGUAAAAGACGAUUGGUUUGGAAAAAGAAAAGGUCAUUAUUCAUCUAACCCUGAAAUAGCUCAAGAGCGUGAAGAUGAAUAUGCAAACCUGAAAUAUAAUCCAAAACAAGAAAGCUUUCAUAACUCAUUACGUCGAGUGAAAAACAAGGAUAUUACGAAUUAUAAUAGUGUCAGACGACAUGAUUCUGGCGACAGUAGAGAUUACUAUCGUGAACAAUUAUCACCGCGGCGAUAUGAUUUUGACAGCAGAUUGGUUGACUCUGGUAUCGAAAAUGACUUUAGGCUAAACAGUAGCGGAGAAAUCCAUAAAUCGAGGCGGAAGAGACAUGAGAGCGAUGAUGAUGUCCGUAAUACAUCGCUAUUUUUAGCUAGUGAGAGACAGUUUGCUGAAGACAACUAUCCAGGAGAACAGAUAUAUGCGAAUAGCGACUAUUUAUCAAAACGCAAAGAAUAUAAAAAUGAUAGAAGAUAUGCGAUGGAAGAAAAAUAUGACGAUUCGCAAUUUGAUCCAAAACCAGAGAGGUACGAUAAAAGUCCUAAACACGAUGACAAAACUAGUGCGAAACCGCCAAAGGUGAAAAAACUUUCGGGACUUGAGAAGGUAAAACAGCUAUUCUCUCGCGACUCUUCGAAGAAGAGCAAGAAAGAGAAAGAAAAGGAAUUAGUCCAGAAACCUCGCACGCGGGUGCUCAAGAGCCCUGAACAUCUUGCCAGACAUGAUUCAGACUAUAGAAGGUACACAGAUCCGGAACCUAGUGACACUGAAGUAAGAAAAAAAGACUACAGAGAAGAUAGAAAAUAUAGGCACUCUCGAGAAGACCUAGACAGGUACCCGCGUGACGAGAAGAGAAGAGAGGAGAGUUAUAAGAACACAGAUGUUGAAGAAAGGUUUGGCAGAACACUUAAAGAAGAAAGAAGAUACAAAGAAGAAAGAAGACGACACACGUCAUCAGAACGAGAGAGUGAUCAUCAAAGGACGGACAGAGAGAGUGAAAGAAGAACAACACGAUCCAGAACUGCGGGGCCUUUGGACUCUCCAGCACUGGCAGAGCGCUACCGCGAGAGAAGACGUCUAGCCACUCCCAGUCCUACACCGUCACCGCCUCGUCGACAACCAACACAGUCGUCCAGCUGGUUCAAGUCAAUCGACCGCCUCGGCAAGAAAAGGGAUAAGCAUAUAAAGGUAGAGAAAGAAAGCAUCAUAACAACAGAGGAUGAAUUACCACGACGUUCCUAUCCCAAAUCAAGCAAACCAUUAAACUCUCCAGCCAAGAAUCUACGUUUCUUUGGUGACACUGACCCAGAAUCUGAUGCAAACGUCAAACCAACUGUAACUAAAACUAAGAGCCAUCCGAUUAAGUCUCAUGGAACUCUACGGAAGACCAUUUCAAAUUCAAGCACUGGCCAAGAUGAAGUGGACCAUGAAGUGCCAAGCAAAAGCUACUCUCUUUCUAAUUUACAAAGAGAUGAAAAACUAAGAGAUAGCGUGUCACCCAGAACGAAGGAUUACUAUAAGAGGAAUCUACAAAAUAUUUCCGAAAUGAGUAACUCAGAAGUGGAGAGUCAGUUUAGUAGGAAAAUGGCAUCCAAGCCACCUAUCAGCCCUUAUGAUAGAUCACGGAGCCACAGCAGUAAUAAGACCCUGAAAGGAAGUAAAGGAGAUUUACUGAGGCAAGGAAGGGAAGAAAGGGGUAGUUCUUCAGAGCUGAGGACUGGAAAACCAGAUGUAAACAGAGACCUUAAGCACCGUCGUCGAACGCCAGUAGCGAACUCUGGUGAGAGCAGCACUGAAGGAGACUCCAGUCAUCAGUCUCAGCGUAGCGUUGUCUACUUACAUGCGACUACUGUUGGUGACAUUCCCGACCCUGGCAGAAUCACACGCAACCGAUCCCGUGAUGACGUGUCAUCGGUCAUGUCAUCCAACAUUCAAGUGCGAAACUCUACUAAAACAUUCUCCAUAUUUGCGCCAUGGACACCGAAACACUACAACGACCAAUACGACGUACAUUACGCCCAAAAGCCGAGGAAAAAAAAGGAAACCACACCAAAAAAGUACGCGUCGACGAAAAAUUUAUCGGACGACAGGCCGGCAACUUUACAAAAAAAGUCUUACAGUCAAACGACAUUGAACCGUCGCCCGAAUCAGAAUAAUCGGCUGACGAGUUCAAGUACAACACUUUAUAGGCCGAAGCGUGGAAACGAAUCGCAAACGUCUCAAAGUACGAUACCCCGUAAGAAUAAUGGAAGAAGUCAAUCGAGCGAAAUUUUGAGUCUAAAUGAUCGAAAUCGAGUCGCCCGAUCGACUUCCAUACCGAAAGAUAAGAAAGCUGGCUGGUUUAAACUGUCCAAAACUAAGAAGCAAGAGAAUACGCGUGUACGAUAACUUGUGUCAUUCUAACGCUGUAUUCUCUUGCUGUCUAUUAGGUACUCUACAGUUAAAAACUUACACAUUUAUAUGUACACAUAUACAAAUGAGUUUUAGUAAUUAAUCUUGAGUAUAUUAUAAACAACAUUUCAAUCUAAUAAAAUGCUUUUACAUUUUCCACAACGCAUGAAAUCAAUCUUAUACUACAGAGUAUUAACAUAACAGAGUUCAAGAAGUUAAAUUUGAUUAAUCAUACGAUCAGUAAGUUAAGUAAAAACACUACCUAAUGUUAAUAUAACUGAAUUUAGGAAGGCUUAUUAUUAUUUAAACCAGGCGUUUAUAGAUAUGAAGAAUGGCCGUGCCCUUUUCAAAUUGAAGUUAUAAAAAAUAUAUUUUAUUAAUAAUGCAGAUUACUAAAGUGCCAUUCGUGAAAGUAAGCGCAAAUUGAAAUAAAACACUAUUUGAAUGAAUAAAACUUAAUUUUAUUUUUAUUUGCGCUCUUGUCUAAUACUGCCUGACAAAAAAUGUUAAACGAGGUUUUAUACAAAUAUUUUUUUUUGCCAGGUGGUUUUUAUUGUUAAGAAAAGUGUUACCAUUUAAUUAUAAAUAACAAAAAGCUUGUAACUAAUAUAAAGUGCGUACAUUUACUUUAGAUCUCUGGUAGUUCUUGCUUCAAAGAAUAUUUUUAUAAUAAACAUUUGAAGAUUUAGCCUCUUUUAAGGACUUGAUCAGUCAUAUACUACAACAGUUACAAUCGCUAAUGUAAAAUAUUUAUUUUUCAAAUAUAUGUAUGAAAAAUCCUACUGCGCAAUUCGAUAUACUAUUUUCAAUCAAUGUCUUAAGAACCGCACUGAUAGUGACAGUGCCGGGCAGAUACAGAUGAAAUAAGGUCGCAUCCGCUAUUGGUCAUAGGGAGCCGGCUAGAGCCCUCCACUACUCACAAGAGAAUGAGUGAGAAAGAGAGUGCAUUUUUUCAUAAAUAUUUGGCGAAAGCAAAUUUUACGACAUUGUUUAAUAUUUUGACAAACUCAUGAUAGAUCGAUAAUAUGUAAUGUGACACAAAGAUCAGUGUUAUAGUUAAAACAGUGUAAAAGGUGAUUAAGUUACGAUUAUAACUGUAAAAAUAUAAACUAUAAGUAAAUGAUCUAA